ACUGUAAAUGAGCUGAUGUUUUGUUCUGGCGGUGAUGCUGUGGUUUGUGUUCAGUGGGUCAUUCCUGAGAUGAUCGCUCAGGCGCUGGCCACGGUCCUGAUGCUGGUCUCCAUGCACUGGUUUGUGUUCCUGCUCAACCUCCCUGUGGCAUCCUGGGACGUUUACAGAUACGUGAAGGUUCCCAUGGGGAACAUGGGAGUGUACGAUCCCACAGAGAUUCACAACAGAGGCCAGCUCAAGUCCCACAUGAAGGAGGCCAUGAUCAAACUGGGCUUCCACCUCCUCUGCUUCUUCAUCUACCUGUACAGCAUGAUCCUGGCUCUCAUCAACGACUGACCCGCAUCCGUCUUCACAACACAAACUGCCAAAUCAUGAACUGGCCUUUACAUAUUGUGAAGAAACUCCAUGCAUCCCAAUCAGAAGAUCAGCCCAGCUCUCCUCAACACAUCCUCACUAAUGACCCUCAGAAACACAAACCCCCCCACCGCAGGCGCUCUCCUUCGGUUUCUCUGAAUCUUGCACUGCUUCUCGGGGCUGAAGCAUCAAGACAGUGGCACUGAAUCCUGAAUCAUCUGUUUGACCAGCAACCACACAAAACAUGCUCAGUUUCCACCACUGGAUCCUAAAUCAAAUAAUACAAGGUAAUUGUGACUAUCACACAAUUCAGAUGUCUUUCUUGCAAUUCUGAGAAAGAAUGGCGAGAUUUUGAGAUAUAUUAGGAUUUUGUUUCAGAAUUGCGCGAUUCUGAACUGACAAAUUGGAAUUGCAAAAAAAAAAA